CCUGACUGAGGGAAGAUGGCGGCAGCUGCUGGAGGGGGGGGCUUCGCGGUCUCGGUGCUGGCCCCGAAUGGGCGGCGGGUCACGGUGCGGGUGGGCCCCGGCACCACUCUGCUCCAGAUUCUAGAGGAAGUUUGUGAGAUGCAGAAGUUCAGUGCCAACGAGUAUGAUUUGAAGUUUCAGAGGUCUGUGCUAGAUCUUUCUCUGCAGUGGAGAUUUGCCAAAUUGCCCAACAAUGCCAAGCUGGAGGUGGUGCCAAUUUCUCGUAACAGAGCGGGAACUGAAAACCGAGUUCAGAUUGCAUUGCAGUUGGACAGUGGUUCCCGGUUACAGGACACCUUUCGCCCUGGCCAGACGCUGUGGGAACUUCUCAGCCAUUUUACACAAACUAGGGAGUGUAUGGAGCAGCACGGUGAAUUCUCUCCAGUCUGUAUUUACAUGCGAGAUGAGAUAGCAGGGAAAGCUGCCCUGGAGAGGACAACACUGAAAUCACUUGGUCUGACUGGAGGCAAUGCCAUCAUCAGGGUUGUCAUGAAGAAAUGUGGCUCCUCUGGCCAGGAGGAGGCUGUGGGCAUGGCUGCCCCAUUUAGCAAGCUGCCAGUGAGCCCAGUCUCUACUGAAGGAGCAGUAGAUAUGCCAUUACCUCACACAAGCAUGUUUUCAAAGGACUUGGACCCCAGAGAUGUGGCCUUCUCUUUAAACAACUGCACAGACAAGCAGGACUUGAUUAAAGUAUCCCAGGCCAGCUUGGGGGAAUUGUGGCCUCCCUCAGGUCCUGCGCCUGCCCCAUUUGUCCCUUUCUUUGGAGAUGGACAGCGUCUGGGGGGGACCCCUGUAGCUGCAGACUUUCCAGUGUCAGAUAUGCUAUCUUCAAAGCUGCCAACAUCUCUCUCCAGUCCUGGAGGCCCUUCUAAGCCAAAGAAGUCUAAGACCAGCCAAGAACAGCUAAAGGAGCAAGAGCAGCUUUUGGAGCGAGAGACAGUCGUGUGCCAUCCAGACCUGGAAGAGCCACUGUCUGCUGGUCCACAGGAUCUUCCUGAUGAAUUCUUUGAAGUCACGGUGGACGAUGUGCGGAAACGCUUGGCCCAGCUGCAGAAUGAGAGGAAACGUCUGGAAGAAGCUCCCUUCAUGACAAAAUCUUUGAGAGAAGCUCAGACGAAGGAGAAGUUAGAGCGCUACCCAAAGGUCGUGCUUCGAGUCCAAUUCCCAGACCGUCAUGUUCUGCAAGGGUUCUUCCGCCCUGGUGAAACUGUUGGCAUUUUGAGAGACUUUGUGAGAAGCCACCUUGCAGAUGCAGAGCUGCCAUUUUACCUGUUUAUUGCACCUCCCAGAGCCAUCUUGAGAAAUGAGAAUGAAACCCUCUUCCAGGUCUGGAGAAUUCUUGUUCUCUUGAGGCAUUACUCAGGAAAGAGCAGAGCGAAGCACUCAUUGAAGGGAGCCAGUCAUGGAGACAAUGAUUCAAGCAUUGGAAACAACUGCUCCAUCUUUUCAAAUGAAAAAAUGAGAGUUGACCCAAGAAUGUUCACUGAAAACAUUCGGCCCAGUGAGGCUAACCUCUUCCCAGCAUCUGUCAUUCACUUUGGAUCUGAGGAGCACAGAGAUUGUUACUUGAGACCAGAACUGCUGGAGUCCGCAGUGUCCCCUUCCACAGCUGACUUGCUAGUAGCUAGAAGCUUGUCCAAAUCACUAGUCCCUUCUGCUCCACCAGCUUCAGAAACAGCUGUUCCACCCCCAGUUGGGCCAGAGGAGACAGAUGGGAAAAGAACUGCUGAGAACCCAGAACCAGCAAGAGCUGCGGAAGUUUCACAGCCAGUGAGAAGGCCCCCUGAAAAAGUACCAAAGUGGCUGAAGCUGCCAGCUGGGAAGAGAUGAAACAUCCCAGGUGCUGAGCCUGCAAGAUUACUUGGCUGGACUGAGAAGCAGCAGAAUCAAUUGCACUUCUUUCCAACUAAAUUGCCACAAAGUUUGUAAUAAACCAUUGGUGGUCCUGGAGAGACCUGAACAACAUGAUUUAUUUCUUAGAAAAAUAAAAUAGAAUAGCUAUUUCAUGUUGCUAAUUCUAUCCUGUUGGGAGCAGACAAAGUCCCAUGUGUUGUAACACUGUCUGCCUGGCAGUAAAAGCAGGAUCAGGAGAAAUUCAAGGUGUCCUACAUGCAUGUAAUCUGAAAGGAGCAGGUAGAGAGAAUUCUUCCUAGCCAUCCCUUGACUGCUGACUUUCCUUCUAUAGGUGUUUGACACUCAAGCCUUCUCUCUGAUUUCUGUCUUCAGAGGUUAUCUGCAGCAGUGUGGCUGCUCUGCUACCUGAAACAAGACCUUAGUGCUGAAAUCAGCUGCACAAUUUCACCUACAGCUGUAAAGUGUUGCCUUGAGCUUGGCUGGUCCCUUUGGUGUGACAGUGGCUACUGCUGCUGGUUGUCCUGCAGGGACUGUUUAGAAAACUCACAAUUUACUGAGUGGCUUUUGUUGAGAACUUCCUGGUUCAUUGUACUUGUCUGUUUUCCACAUGCCUAUGGACUAUGCCUCUGGACUGAGCUGUUUUAUUUCCAUUACACAUAAUUAACAUAAUUAAUUACUCCUCUAAUAAGAGCAAAACUCCAGUGAAAGGUCUCUUCAUUUGACUCUCCAUCUGCUGAUUUCUUUGGCUUUGAUAUUGCCUGCAAUGGAAGUGCUGUGUGUUUGCAGUGUGAGUACUGUAAGAAGUGAUGCUCUGCCUCAUGCAUAUGCAGGGUAGGGAUGCGAGUUAAGGUUUAGAAAUGUGCCUGUUAUAGAGAUGAGGUCUGUAGUGCCACAAUAUCCAGGCUGCUGUAUUUUAUUUGAAGUUUUUUUUCAUAGUCCUGUAAUUCCAGUUGGACAGAGUUACUGUGUUAUGGUAAUAAUUCUCACCAUGUUUUCCCUGUACAGAGUUUUUUCCUUGAACUGUGUGUGUGUCUCCACAAUUUGUAGAUGUAAUAAAGCAGAGUGGCCAUAGGAGGCUUUUUGUCGGGC